AUGGAAUUUUUUCAGAAGCAAAUGGAUUUACCAGUCGAUAAGAUGCGAAUACUGAAAGAGUAUAAUAAUGAGAAGAAAUGGAAGGUGGUUGUGGAUAGCGUGAGUACUGAAUCUUUGUUCACUUCGAAUAUUCACUUUUUUAGUUGGGUGAUUCAAUUCCUCAAUCCACCAAACAAUGGUCUUCAAGUACUUGUCGAGUAUAUGAAUCAGUUGUUACUGGAGGCAUCGUCACAAGUUCUUUUUUUUUCUAGGAACUGUUGUUACAACUUCGAGUUUCUUCAUACUCUGAGUUCAUUUUCAGAUCAUACUAUAAGUGGAAGAACAACGAAAGUUAGCAAAAAUGUUGGCGAAUUGGAAGAUGACGUUCACGUUUGUAUUAUGUGCCUUAGAGCCAUAAUGAAUAACAAGCGUGGUUUCGAACUGGUAUUCGCCGAUUCAAGAGCAAUUUAUUGUAUUGUACGAAGUAUACUGCAUCAGAGUCUUCGAACAAAGACUUUGGUGAUGCAAAUGCUUUCAUCGAUAUGCAUGGUUCAGGGAGGUCAGGAACUUGUCAGCGAUGCAUUUGAUCAGUUUAGAUUGGACUAUCGUGAAAGACACCGCUUUCAAACGCUAAUGUAUUUCAUUCGGAAUCCUCCUGAAUUCCAUGUGGAAUUCCUGUCAUCAGCCAUACAAUUCUUGGAUAUUUUCUCAUCGGUUGAAGAUUUGAAUCAGAAAGUCUACCUGCAGUAUGAAAUGCAUCUACUGGGGCUGGAUGAUUUCAUCGAUGAGAUGGCAGAAUGCAUGUCGGAUGAGUUGCAAGCUCGAAUGUCUGCCUAUGUGAAUGGGGAAAUGGACGUUGCCGCCCUUGUAGAAGACUCACAACAGAAGGCUCGUCUAGCAGAGGAAUGCGAGCAGCUGAAAAGCCGACUUUCGCAGGCCAAUGAACGAGUCCAAGAGGUGGAGGCGAAAUGGAUCACAGACAAAGCUGCUCUUGAUCGGAGAUUGUUGGAUCUCGUGCGGGAGCGCGAAAGGAUGCAAAAAGAUCAUGAAGCUCAAGAAGGGACAUGGAAGAGAACAAUCAACGAAAAAGAUAGGCAAGCUCGAGAACAGCAAUCCAGGCUUGAGCAGAAGAUCCAGGAGCUGGAAGCUAUUCAGAAGACGAUGCAAGCUGGACUUCAAGUGCAACAACAAGCAAAGUCUCCUCCAACUCCACCUCCUCCGGCACCAGGACCCCAUCGUGAGAACGGAGCACCACCUCCACCAGCUCCAACUCCAGCUACGGUUACUGCUCCACCACCACCUCCUCCACCACCGCCAGGAUUUGGCAAAAGUGGGCCACCAGCUCCUCCGCCUCCAGGUUUCAUGAAAAAUGGUCCCGCUGCAGAUACUAUUAAGAAGACAUAUCAGACCAGAAAUAAGCUUCCCCAGUUGAACUGGACGGCCAUGAAGCCGAAUCAGGCGAAGAACACCGUUUUCGAAGAUCUCAACGACGAGAAGAUCAUCGAGAAACUGGAUUUCUCACAUCUGGAAGAGAUGUUCAAGUUGGCGCCAAACGGUAACAGGCUGGAUGUAACCAGUUCGUCGUCGGUAAUUGGUCAGCACAGCCCUGGAUCGACUGGCAGUGGGCCGACGAAGAAGAACUCGUUGUUGGAUACGAAACGGUUGCAAAACGUUGCAAUAACUCGUCGCAAAUUGGCCCUCGAACCACGCGAAAUAAUGGCCGCUGUUCACCAAAUGGAUUUGAACACGCUUUCGGCGGACAAAGUUGACAUAUUGUCAAGAAUACUACCCAACGACGAGGAACGAAAGCUGUAUGCAGAACGAGGGGAUGAUGAAGGACUCAGUGAUGAGGACCGAUUCAUGGCAGCUCUGUGCGAAAUCGAACGACUUGAGCAUAAAUUGAGCGUGAUGCGCGUCAUGGCUGACUUCGAUGAAAGCGUUGCAUUACUUGAACCGCAAUUCACGCACGUAACGGCAGCGUCGAAAUGCGCCCGUGAAGCCACAAUGUUCCAUCGCGUUUUGGAAGUGAUUCUGGCGUUUGGUAACUAUAUGAAUAGUUGCCGAAAAGGAAGUGUGUAUGGUUUCCGCUUGAGCAGUUUGGACUCGUUGGCCAUAAUGAAAUCGCCAUCGGAUCGCUCGCUGACCCUCCUGCAUAUGGUCGUGGAAUCGAUUGAACGAUCGUUCCCAGAUUUGAUGAAGUUUGCUGAUCAACUGAAGUUUGUCGACAAGGCGUCAGUGCAAUGGGAUAGCGUUCUGUCGGAUAUGAAAGAGCUGGAGGCAGGUUUUGAGACUGCUAGAAAGGAACGUGCACUCAAACGGGACAACUGUCCAGUGCCUCUAGCCGAGUUUUUGAAGACACACGACGAGCGCAUGAAACAACUGCAAGAACAUGCGAAACUUGCUGUGAAAACGUACGAAUCUUGCAUUGAAUUUUAUGGAGAAUCCGCACGAACAAUGCCACCUAACGAUUUCUUCGCGAGGUUGAGUAAAUUCAUCGCAAAUUUCAAUCGCUGCAAGCAGGAGAAUGAUGCUCGUGAUGCAGCUGAAAAGCGGCAACGCGACGAAGCAGAGCGACGAUCGCGCGUCAUGACAAAAACACAGCAACAGGACGGAAUAAUGCGUGAACUGACGGAACGCGUCGGCAACGGAAACGUCGCUAAGCGGCAACGCGGUAAAAUUGACAGCCAGCAGAUUGGCCAUGGCGAUUUCGAGAAGUUGAUGAGUGGCCUCAAACAAACGUACGCGGUAACACCCUCAAGUCCGUCUCCUGCACCGCGAGUCGGACCACCCGUAGCAGCAAAGACCCGCGUGGUCGGGGUGGACCGUGACAGGCAGUAA